CAUUCACUUUUGGAAAUGAACAUCGGUGAACUCGUAUAAAACUGUUGGUGCGACCGUAUAAGACUUUUCUUUAGCAGCUAAUAAGAAAGCAGCUUCAGAGAGACUUGAAAGUAUUACUCAGUGACUGCCAUAUGUUGAACCAAAAAGGCGAUGCUUCGAUUUGGAAACGAGUUUCUUUCAAUUAAUCAGCUUCCUCGACUCUCACUCUUCCGAAUCGUCGGAGCUGCUCGUCCUUGCAUCACUGCUUGGAUACAUGUUGACGUAACUGCACAGGAUUUUCGGGCUCAAUUCUACCAGCUGGUCGAGGAAGAAAUUUACCAGCAAUUUGCAUGGGUACCCUAUGCGCAGGAUAUGGACUUUGAGAUUUACAGUACCGAAUAUUCAUGCCACACUCUGUUCCUUAUCUCGAGUUGCGAAAGGAUCUUAUACGGUUCCUUAAAGUACUUGGAAGUUGGAACUAGGAAUAAAGUCUCUGAGUAUAUAGUAACCAAGAGAAACUUAUCUGUAUAGCACAAUGGACAAGGUAUGUCUGUUGUAUCGCAUGACAAGAUUCAAUCGAUAGUAUAUAGAUUAUAGAUUGAUCUCAGCAUGAUGCUGUAUCACU